CACAAAACUCGACAGCAACCAUGGCCGACGAAGACGAGGACACAUCGUACAUGCGCGCGCCAGACGCCGGGGACGUCGACCUCACAGAAGAAACGCAGGAUUUUCGCUUCCUGGACAAGCUAAUAGGGCAAGACACAGAACAAACAACCCUUCCCAAGCGCGGCCUGAAGGACUUUGAAUCCCAUGCGACGAAUCUCCAGCUCGAAACGCUCGAGGCCUCGCGCCGCGCUAUGCACGGCGUGCUGUCGUGGCAGCGCAUUCACACGCAGAAAAGCCAUGUGCUGGCCCGGUAUGAUCCGGAGACUAAUAUGGCGGUUGUGGAUAAAGUCAAGGGGCCGAUGUUCCUUACUAUUGGCCGCUCCAUGGGCGGGAAAGAGUGGUUACUGCCCGAGGAAGCGCUUUUCUUGAUCGAGAGGGGCACGUUGGAUUGUCGGUGGCCGGUGAAGCGCACGGAGGGGGAUGAGGAGGAGUAUAAGAUGGAGGAUGGCGUGCCGAUGAGUCUACAGGCGGCUUAUGCGGCGUUCAUUGGGUGCGAGGAUGGCGUGGGUGGGAAACUGACGCUGGAGAUGUACAACGUAUACGCGGGGCUUAAAAGGUCUGGCUAUGUCGUCUUCCGGACGGGAACUUGGGACGACGAGCGAGGCGAUCUGCUGCUUCCCAGCGACAACGCACCAGCGCAAAGCACCGCAAAAGACGGGGUAUUCACACGUUUCUUCUCCGAAAUCUGGCGCCGAAUCAGCCAACCAACUCACGAACUCGCACCUGCCAACCUCGCCUUCGGACCCCUCGUUAAACCCGGCCUCUACAGAAACUACAGCGACAUCUACCGCCUCGUCCAAAUAAUCCCCACACACAACCGCACCGCACCACCGUCCUUCACCCUCCCGCCCUCGUCCGACAACCCCUUCCGCGUGCACUUCAACCUGUACCGCACGAGCGCCAAGUUCCGCAAGAGCGCCCCCGGGACCCCUGAUUUCCGCAUCUGCGUCAUCAACGCGCGCGAGGCUUCGAUCCCUACAGGUGCUGAGCUGAACGAUCUGCUCGCACAGGUGCCCGAAGAUAGACCCAAGGCGACGGAUCAACCGUAUCAGAAACUCAAGCAUGGGCAUCGGAAUGUGCUGCUUGCUGUUGUGGAUAAUGGCGUGCCGAGUUAUGUUAGGGUUGCGGAUUCGCCGUUUGCGGAUGUGAAGCUUUAUGAGCGGACGGGGAGGGGGCCGAGGGGGAAGGGUGGACGGGGGAGAGGAGGUGGAAGAGGGCGAGGGAGGGGGAGGGGACGGUGA